ACAAGAACUAGCGCUAGUGUUUCGCGCCAUUUCCUUGACGCUGUGUAAUUGGUUUUGGUUGUAAAAGUUGUUUUCUAGUUAUUGCAGUGCGAGCUGUUGAUAUUUCUUAAACAAUCUGUAAUUUUUCUAAGUUUUGCAAUGAGUGAUCUGGAAUUUUUAAAGUGGUCACCUGUAUAUUGUGAAACAAAUUUGCCAAUUUGCAAGAAUCACCUGCUAGAGGACAAAAAUUGGUACAUGUUGCCAUUGAUCAAUGGAAUACAACAGAAAUGUUUGAAAGAGAAUCAACUGGUUCGAUUCCAAGGUAUGAUUGUCGACAUGCCUGAUUCAGAAUACUACUUGAGUUCAUAUGAAGUACAGAAUAACACAGAUGGACACAGAACAGUUAAAUCCGGAAGAUAUUGUGAGAUUUUAGAUAUUGGGUCAGAGGAACGCCUUGUAGAGGAAUCUCCAAAUAAUGUUACCAGUGAACGACAUCAGUUGUAUUGUAUAACUGACCCAACACUAAGUCCAUGGGUUGUGAAUUACUUACGAGAUCAGCAAAUGAUGAUGACGCCUAAUGAAGAUGAGAAUACUGAAACUGUGUCGAAGCGUCAGAAAUGGUCAAAUGUCGAUGCCUGCUUAAUAAAGAUAUAUGAAAAGCAAAGUGCUACAUUUUCCUUGAAUGAUGUCAUUGAAGUGGCUGGAUUCAUUGGUUUUGACAGCAGUAAUGAUGAUACAAAUGAGGUCACAGACGUUCGGUCAGACAUUAUUAUUCAUGCCUUGGCUGUCAGAGGACUAAAACACUGUAAUCCAUUAUUGCCGCCUGUAAUCAAUACAGAUGAAAUAUUUGCCAAUGCAGAAGCAGUCAGAAUAGAUCUACUUGAAAUCCUGAAGGAAUUUCUGUUGGGUGAUGGGCUUGCAGCAGAAUAUAUUUUGUGCCAUUUGAUAUCAACUGUAUAUGCACGUAAUACACUCUUAACUCUAGGUUCGUUGGCAGUCAAUAUAAGUGGUGUUACUCAAGGUAUACAGUUAUCAUCAAAAUUAAAUAAGCUCUUCAAACAGCUGGUCACAAAAAUCCACUUACUAUCAAUGAAAUUGGAAAACCUCAAUGCCGGCUCUCUGAUUCCAAAGAAGAAUUAUAAAAAUGAUAGUUUGACCAGGGCACGGUUGCAAUUAAGUCCCCACACACAUCUCAUUUUGGAUGAGACGGCACUUUCAACUGGUCAAUUGAACAGCACAGGUGUUCAAAACAUAUCUGCUUUGGGAAAAUUGAUUUCGCAGCAGAAGAUAGAUUAUGAUUUCCAGUUUUACCAACUAGGUUUUGAUUAUAAUACACCUGUUUUAGUUCUUUCAGAGGGAAAGUCACUUCUGCCAUGUAACGUGGAGGUUAGGAUACAGUGCAGCAUUGCAACGAUAGAAGAAUAUGAGGUGAAGGUGAGAACUGUAUUCAAAGAAAUUGAUUCUGCAGUACUAGAUGGCAUUAGAAGGUACCUAACAGCUGCCAGGUUGUCAGAAUAUGCAAUACCUGAAGGCUUGGGUGAGGUAAUACAAAGAGACUUUGUGCAGCUGAGACAAGAACACCCAGAAGUUUCUGCUGAAGAUUUACAUCUCAUGCUUGUCCUAGCACGGUUGGUUUCUCUAAGCUGUGGCCAAAAAAUGCUGACAAGGCAAGCAUGGGAGAAGGCUGUGGAUAUGGAAAAGCAACGCAAGGAAAGGCUUAUCCCUGUACGGAGGAGGUGACAUGCAUCAAACCACAUGCCACAGUGUCGUAAAAUUUUUACUUGUAAUUUUUUGUAAGAAAAUAUAAUAUACGCCUUUUGACAAGUGUUUCA